CCUUCAGCAAAAGCUCUAAACUCGUGCCACAAGGACACACACAUGCACACACACACACACACCCCUUGCCCUACAGGAGCAUUACGGACUAUCAUGGUUAGUUUUAGUCAGUUUAAAAGGAACUUUUCGCCAACUCCAUAGGCACAUACUGACAGAUCUAUGAGGAACGAACACACAGCCGGGAGUCAGCAGGACAGAGCGCUUUGAGAAUGCUGCCGCUCUCACUUUCCACAAGAACCCCUGGCACAGAGAGGCACUGACCAGCCCACACAAACAUGCCAGCAGUGCUUCAGAGUGCUUCCCUCAUCUGCAGAGUGGAUGCAGAGAGGAAAGGGGAGAGAACGAAAUAGAUGGAAGUUAGAAAUGAGCAGUAGAGAGAGUGCGGUUUAUGCUCGAGAGGAAAAUGGAAAGGAAGAGAGAGAGGGAGAGGAGUGACUCCAUCGAUAAGUGGAUCUAUUGUCGAGCGGGCACUAUUGAACCUGUGUCUGAAGCUGGCUGUGUACAUUAUGGCAUGCUGCUGCUGCUGUCCAAUUCCGUGCCUCAGAAACUGCUUUCCAUUUUCAGGUUGGUCCCACCCCGGCUUUAGAUUUUUGCAAUGAGAAGAAAGAGUAACUUUCACAGGGGGACAUCACAGUGUUUCUGUCAGUCAUGGGUAAUAGAUUUACCCAUGAAGCGAUAUCACCCGCUGAGCUCGAUGCCUUAUGGAAUGACCCUCCAUACACUUUAGCAGCCGUCAGUGAGCUCUUUCCGCCCAAUGACGCCAUGACCGCUGAUGAGGAAGCGGAGGCUGAGGCCGAGGUGGAGGCAGAAGUCAGAAGCAGAGAGAUUUACUGGAGGAGGAAGGAAACAUUCAGCGGAAGCAGCACAAUAUCUUCAGCAGGAGAACGCUUCUCUCCAGAUGUUGUUUUGUUGUUUAGCGGGAGGCGACGAUCUAGUGUAUCACCUGAUGGUGAGCUUCAGGAGGCGUUACGUACCAGACUCCGAGUAGUAGAGAGCAACAGUCAGGAUGUCGUCCAGCUCUUCAAGGAUCUGUCUGCACGACUAGUGUCUGUUCAUGCUGAAAAAGACAGCUUUGUCAUCACCUUUAAGACUGUCGAGGAGAUCUGGAAGUUCUCCACUUACCUGGCACUCGGAUAUGUAGCAAGAUGUCUUGAAAACUUUCUCUGUGACCAGUCACUCUGGCUGGACCCUGCAUUACUGAGUGAUGUUGAGAUCUGUGUAACAGUGGAUGAAGACCACUUAGCUACUCUUUACUUAGGACUUCUACUACAGGAAGGUACAUUCUUUGCCAAGACUUUAUACAACAGUGACUGCAGAGAGGAGGAAGAGGAGCUGACCUACAGGAGGAAUGACCUGGUCAUGGUGAAAGACAUAGGACAAGAGGCCAUGUGGGAGGGUACGCUGCUGUCCACGGGCCAACAUGGUCUAGUCCCUGUGCAUGAUAUGCAGCCUCUGCCUUAUCCGUUUUAUCAGUGGUUCCUUAAGAAAUAUCCUGGAAAUGCAGGAGGGAUUCCAGUUACAGAAGGCCUCUUUGAUCAUCCUGUUGUGGUGGGGACCUGUGUGGCAAUAGUGGACCAUUACCCAAUGGGUAAAGAUGAGCUGCACUUACGCCAGGGAGACCUAAUCAAGAUUGAAGGAUUUCUUCUCAAUACUCUGAACAUGUUCAUAGGAAGACACCUCACCAGUGGAGAGAUAGGAUUUGUUCACAAGGCCCAUGUAAAACCUGAGAAUAUCGAGCCUCUCGAUGGACAAUUGGUCUUUCUGAGUAAGGAGGAAAGGGCAGCCCUAUCUAAACUUAACCCUUGCCUUGAGCCCUCUCAGUCUGAUGUACUGGCAAAUCUAUUCUCAACUGACAUAAGCACUGUGUACAGAUUGGAUAGACUUGAUGACUCUGAUUUCACUUACAUAAGAAACCAUCCAAAGUCAGCAGAGCAGAAAACUACAGUGGAUCAAAGAAAGAGCACCAUAUCUGAAAAGAGUGAUGUAACUCCCUACCACUCAUCCCCACGGCAUUCAUUCUAUGCCUCUCGGAAUCAUCUGGACCGGGACUCUGAGAUCCUCUCUUUCAGCCUGGAGGACACCUUUAGAGAGAUGGAUGAAUAUGAGGAAGACCCUCCAAACUUCAUGGAUGAAGGUAUCUGGGAGGCUGAUGAAGCAGAGAGGUGUGACCCAAUCUUGACCCUCCUCAACCUGGAAUAUUUCCAGGACAGUUUUCAAACUCUUUACGACCUUUCUUACUCUUUUCUGGACACUUUCUUCAAUGGCCUUCCAGAAGACGAGGUGCUUCAACAUCUGGAAAACUUUCGGGAAGGAGCCAAGAAAGGCAGGAUGCUCUGGGCCCACCGGCGAGCCUGCUUCCUCCUUGGCCGGCUAUGUGCCAAGAAACUAAAGUUCUCACAAGCACGAGUGUACUUUGAGGAGGCUCUAAAAGUCCCUGUAAAUGGUUUUGAUGACAAGCCACUUCUAAUUGCCCUGUACACCAAUCUUACUGCUGUUUACCUCAAACAGAAGAUGAUGGACAAGCUGCCAUUCACACUGGAGAAGGCAAGUGCUCUGAUUCUGUGUCUUCCCUGCCACAACUUCUGCUCUGUGGAUGAGUUUGAACUGCUGAAACCAAUCAUGCGCAAAGCCAUAAUUGAAAAAGACAAGUACCUAGAGGCUCGGGUAUGCUACCUCUCCCUCUGUCUCUUCAUCCGUCUAAGGAAAAUAGAGGAUGCUUUACCUUUUGUAGAGAGGCUUCAGUUCCUUACCAUGACACUGUCUGUGGAAGAAGGGAGGCCAACUGCUCCAAUUGAUCUCAACUGGAUGCUGUGCAGGCUUUAUCAUAAAAAGUAUUUGCCCUACCUCACAUUAGCUUCUUUAAGUCUAGACUCAGGGCAAGAGCAUUCCUUAGAUGAUGCAUUCCAGAAAAUUGAACUCUUUAUCAAAAACUCAGCAAGGCUUAAUCCUCACUGGAAGGAAAGUAAUUCUGUGCUUCCUGCACAGGUGGUGGUUUACCUUCAGCAGGCCUUGUCCAUAGCUAGUCAAGGGGAAGACCUGAGGACUCAAAGGGACCUGUGCCUGAGCCUAGCAAGUGUUUACCAGCAGCAUGGAGCUCUAAUGAAGGCCGUGCCCUUUGCCCAACAGGCAGCACAAACUGGAUGUCAAAUUAAUGAGGAGGAGGGCUUUGAGGCAUCCAUACUGCUGGCCUGGCUCUUGGUCCUAACGGAGGAACCCAUACAAGCUCAGAACUCUCUGCACCCUCUGCUUAAGUCUUUGAAUGAAACAGACAGUCCAACACAGCGUGGUGUAGUCUACAAUCUUCUAGCCCUAUGUCUCCGCAAACAGGGCAGAGUUCAGGAGGCAGCAAGAAACUUUCAUUGCGCUCUGCAAAUCUCCAGAGAGAAUGGAAACAAGCGUAAUGAAGCACUAGCUCUGGCUAACUUGGGUUGCUUGUCCCUGUCUGUAGGAGCUUCGGGCCUAGCAGAGUGUUUCCUGCUUAAUUCCCUGCACCUAUUCCAGUUUCUCUCAGAGAGCCCCACAGAUCAGGAGCAUGUCCAGGCUCUGCUCUGGCUGGGCAGGAGCUACAAGGAUAGAGGAGGGAGUCAGGAAGUCAGAAUAUGCUUUGAGAUGGGCCUCCUCAUUGCUAUUAGUGCCAACAAUCUUCACAGUCAAAUGGUUGUGGCAAAAGUUCUAAGUCGGCAUUACGCUGACUUGCUGCUGUAUGGACAGUGCAUUGUUUACUAUGAGCACUGUGUGGGCCUGUGCAGAACACUGAAGAAUAAACAGCUAGAAGGAGAAUACCUGGAACUCCUCAGCAACCUGUAUCUCUCACUCAACACUGAGAAGUCAUCAAGGAAGUCUCUUGAUUACUCAAAGCAAAGCUUAAGGAUCUCCAUAGACUUGGGAAAAAGACAGGAAGAGUCAGAGACAUGGCUGCAAGUGGGCCGUAUCUACUAUCUGAUCCAUGAAGAUGAACUGGCUGACAUGUACCUACAGGCAGCAGUAAAGACAGCCCUGAGGAUGAACGACCCAUGUUUUGCUUUGAGCAUUUAUGAGGAAGCAGGAGAUGUGUUUUUUAAAGGACACAGAAACCAACUGGCUGCCGUACCUUUUUAUAGGGAUGGGAGUUUGCCAUUUGCACGCAGCAUUAAGGAUGUGCACUCAGAGUUCAGGCUUUUGAGCAAACUCACAGAGCUCCUGAUGAAGCAGAAGCAGUACGAGGAAGCACUGCAGUAUGCCACACUCGCAGUGCAGGUCAGCGCCACAACUGCUGUUCCUUUGAAUGAGAGAGUGUCCUUCCAUCGUCUUGCAUCAGUGUACUUCGCUCUAGAGAAGUAUGAGAUGGCUGAGAACUACUACCUGAAGUCUCUUUCACUCUGCCCCACUGCACUUGAACAUGCUAUUGAAGUUCGGUACUAUGCUAAAGUGUACUGCAGACUGGCUGAUCUGACCCUAUACAGAUUAAAGGAUGCGUUUGAUGCCAUGGGCUACUACCAUUUAGCUCUGGCAGCCGCCCUGGAGGACAAAGAAAGCCUAAGCACACUGUACAUAAUCUACAUGAAACUCGCAGAGAUCCAUGCCAACCACAUGCCUGAUGCCGAACUGUGUAAGAACUACAUGGACAGAGCGCAAAGUCUAAGGAGGGAACUGGCAGGAUACACCGACUCUAGUGACACAGAAGAAACACAUCAAGACCUGGCCGAGGCAGCAUCUGACAUUCAGACCAAAGCUGGUCAGUCAGACUCCAGCAGUGGCACAAGUACUCUCACAGAGUCCAGCCUGACUGACACCAGCCUCACAAUCGAUGCCCAGAAAGAGUCUGAGCUCAUACUCUCUAACUUGAGUCACAAAGAAGACACGGACACUAACAUAUCAGAGGAAACAGACACAGGGCCUGCUGAUAAUAUCAGUCCGGAGACUAGCUGUCCCGACAAUACAAACCACAUUCAUGAAAGCAGAAUGAAGGAGGGCUUGACUAUUCUAUUGUAAUUGAUUUGUGCAUAAUGCUAUAACUCUGAAAAAUGCACUUCUUUUAAUUAAGCGAUAAGACACUUCUCUCCUUUUUUUUUUAAAUCAAAUGUUGUAUGUUGAAAGUCCUAUAAUAUAUUUUCUAUUAGUGUUUUAAGAAAAAUUGUAACCAUUUUUGCAUCAUUGUAAAUAUGUAUUUGUAUAUCUGUAAAUAUUUUUUUUUUUUUUUUAUCAGUCUACCCUCACUGAGGACUCUUAAAACUAUUACUUAAUUAAAACUUAAGAAAUUCUUUCAACGUCCAUGGACACUGUACUGGUUCCAUAGCAUGUGCAUAUAUCACUACACAAAGCUCUCAUUGAAUAAAUCUUAACCAGAACUGGC